AUGGGUAGAAAGAAGGAAGUGGUGUUUGACGAACAACCGCCGGACUUCGAUCCGGCCAACCCCUACAAGGAUCCAGUGGCGAUGCUCGAAAUGCGCGAGCAUCUUGGGUCAAUCACCUCCAGAAGUGUCGUCACCUUGUCGAGCAAUACCUUGAUUCAACUCGUGGUAUUGGAUGGGGUAAAGAUGGUCGUCAUCCAGAUCAGCACGGUCCUAAGGUUCAGAGCGUGGAGUGAUUUCUUUCUUAAGGUCUCGUUGGAUUGUAUUGUGGUAAUGCAUGUAGAAAUUGGAGAGAAGACAGAGAGCUUCCAUCACCAGUUUGGUUAAAAAAAUUGUCUUUUUGUUUCAUGUUGAAGCUAAUGUUAAUGUUACGUACAUGUUUGACAUUCGUACCUGGUCAUUAUCUGGAUUUCUGGAUCCAAACCAUGGAUUUUGACUUUUGAGGGUAUUUGCUAAUAAAAAAUAAUUUCUUG